CCCGUUUGUAUUUCGACUCUGUAUACCUAGAGUUGAGAAAACUAAUCAUAUUCUAUAUGUUUUGAUACACGUUUAGCGUUCACUUCUCGUCUGAAUAUGACCUCAGACGGUUUUUCGACUCCUGGCCGCCUAUGAAUGGUCUCAAAAGCAUUCUAUAUUUCCCAAUGAUGUCCGCAUGGUGGCGCUAGCGCGACAGCUUGACACAAGUUUUGUUGACGGAAGUUCCUGCGAAAAAAUAGAAGCAACGAUGGUGCGGGUGAAGUCGAGGUAUUUGUUGUGUGAGAUAAAUGUAUCUGACAGGCGCGAACUGCUGAAGCUGGACGAUCGAGCUGUAGCGGGGACCGUGAAGGCAGCAGUGGCCCGCACUCACGGUGACUACGGGGCAGCUCUUUGCAGCAUCCGAUUCUGCGUGAAAUAUCUGAAUGCCCACACUGGAAUUGUGUUUCUCCGUUUCCCCAAAGGAUGUUACAAACUCCUCUGGUCUGCUCUGCCAUUCAUUACAAGCAUUGAGUGUCGUGGACAAAUAAUCCCAUGUUUCUUAAACUGUUUGCAUGUUGGAGGAACAAUCAGAACAUGUCAGAAGUUUUUGAUUCGAUACAACACCCAGCAGCUCCACCGAAUGCUCCCUAAAUGUAAAAAUGAAGAGGAAAAAAGACAGAUUCAAAAAGCAAUUCUAAGCUUUUCUCUAACAGGUGGAGGCAACAAAGCAUUGGAGGAUGAGCUGGAGAGUGAAGAGGAGGAUGGCGAAUAAGGAACCAAGGGAAUCUCUCUUUAAUUUCGUUUUAUAGGGUUUCUCAGUGGCUAUGUAAACAUCGCACUUUGAAUAAUUAAGGAAACCUAACAGUAGCAUGGCUAAUAUUCUACAAUUUCUCCAGAAAGUAUGUCAGCAUAAAAAUAUCAGUUACGUGGCAUGCUGAAAAUAAUAUUGUAAUCUAAUUUUACGUUUGACAUUUUUAUGUAAUAAAGGUAUUUAUGUUUUGUCUA